AUGUCUGAUAAGUACGACCUUUCUCAAGCGGUUGGGGCAGAAUUGCCAAGCGUCAACGUUGCUUGGACUACUCGUGACUUGCUCUUAUACGCUCUAGGCAUUGGCGCUACCAGAUUCGACCGCAAUAUCACUUACGGGGACAGCGCAGAUGUCAUCGAUUUCAAUGCAAAUACCCUCAAAGAGGACAAGGGUAUCCCUGGUUUGCCGAAAUUUGAUCCCAGUCAAUAUGUCGAAGUUCUGAGAGAUAUCCCCGUGAAGUCCGGACAAGGAUGGAAAAUCAAGAAGCGAAUUGUUGGUGUCCAUGAGAACAAGUCUGGCAUUGUCGUGGACAAUGAACUCGUUCUGGUUGACGGUAAUGGAACUCCGUACACCCGCUUGUUGUCAUCCACUUUUAACCUUGGAGCCAAAGCUAAUGGCGUCAAAUUUGACAAAAAUAUUGCCCCAACACCGACGCCAUCCAGGUCUGUCCCGAAGGGGGUACAUCCAUCAGCGACAUUCCGGGAUUAUAUCGCGGACAAUCAGGCAAUUUUGUAUCGACUGAGUGGGGACUAUAAUCCUUUACACAUUGACCCUGCCAUUGGCGCGCGUGGAGGAUUCAUGGGAAUCAUCCUGCAUGGCUUGGCAUCUUAUGGAAUUGUGGCUCGGGGCCUCAUCGCAAGCCUGGUAGAUGGAAACCCACGUGCUUUGAGGGCACUCUUUGUCCGCUUCAGUAGCCCCGUCAAGCCAGGUGACACGUUGGAGACCAAGGUGUGGGAAUUAGGUUCAGGACCAGAUGAAACAACGGAGUAUGUCUUCACAACCACCAAUCUAACUACAGGGAAGCCUUGCCUCAGUAACGGCCUCGCCUACAUUAAAAAGUCUCCCAGGAGUAAGUUGUAA